GCGGUGGAGAAAGAAAAGCAAAUUGAGGGGUCCUCUACUUUUAAUCGCCGGCCGACGACGAGAACCAGCGUUCCGGCGUCGCACAGGAUGGCCCCCGCCAACAGCCUGACCUAUUACCUGUCGGAGCACCCCUCCAUCGUCGCCUUCCGGUGGAGCCACGCCCAAACGUGGGGCUCGACGUGGUCGUUCCUCUUCUCCUCCAUCGCCGUGUACCUCGCCUCCGCCGUCGCCCUCCACGCCGCCGCGUCCCUCCUCUCCCGCCACCGCCGCCCCGUCCCCCUGGGCCCCCUCCCCGCGCUCCACUCCCUCUCCAUGGCGCUCCUCUCCGCCACCAUCUUCGCCGGCAUCCUCCUCUCCGCCGCCGCCGAGAUCCGCGACACGCGCUGGCUGUGGCGCCGCUCCCGCUCCCGCACCACCCCCUUUGAGUGGCUCCUCUGCUUCCCGCUCGGCACGCGCCCCUCCGGACGCGUCUUCUUCUGGUCCUACAUCUACUACCUCUCGCGUUUCCUCCACGCGCUCCGCACCUUCGCCUCCAUCUUCCGCUACCGACGCCUCUCCUUCUUCAAGCUCUUCAACCACUCAAUCCUCAUUUUCAUGUCCUUCCUCUGGCUUGAAUUCUCGCAAUCCUUCCAGGUGCUCGCCAUCCUCUUCACCACGCUCGCCUACUCCGUCGUCUACGCCUACCGAUUCUGGACCGCGAUCGGCCUGCCGGCGGCGUGUUUUCCGUUCGUCGUUAGCUGCCAGCUGGCGCUGCUGACGUGUAAUCUCGUGUGCCACGUCGGCGUCCUGUUUCUCCACUGUAUCAAGGGCGGAUGCAACGGGAUUGGGGCCUGGCUUCUCAACUCCGUUCUCAACGGCGCCAUUCUCUUCCUCUUUCUCAAUUUCUACGUCAGAAUGCAUCUCCGCAAAAGAAAGUCCUCUUCCUCUUCCUCCUCCGCUCGCGGCGGCGACGAUCAUCAUCCGCUUCUCAAAUCCAAAAUUUUUUGAGGUCUGAUUUCCAAUUUUUUUCUUCUACGAUAGCUAUUAGGUUAGUAAUACGGCGUAGUUUUGCCAUAGAUUAAAAUAGGAAAAAGAAACAGAUAUAGUAGUAUGAUAAGUCUAUAAUGUAUAUAUAGAUUAUAGAUAUCUUAUAAACAAUUAAUUGUAUAUUACUAGUAAUAUAAAUACAUGAAUUUUGGAUAUGUUUUUGUUUUAUUAAGUUGUUGUGGCAAUCCACUAACAUAAAUAUAUGUUGCGAUUAAUAUUCCACCAAAAUGAAUAUGUCAUGGUUUUUGACAUGGCAAAACCUUCUAUUAAAUCAUCAUUCCAUUUAUAUAACUAAAAAAUUAAAACCAAGUUUAAUUACCCCCUCAUCUUAUAUUCUUAUGUCCCCUAUUUUGUCUCCACUCUCAUUUAUCCUCCCCACAAAAAUGGCACCACUAAUUCAACCUGUAGUACAUAUAUAAUACUAGUAGUGUAUAUAUAAAUCAUGGACUAAAUUAGGAUUGUACGUAAAAUAAUUGAUGUAAACAAGAGGAAUUCGAGCUUAUGGGCCCAAGAUCUACAGAGCAUUUAUAAAUUACUUCUCUCUGGUAAAUAAAAUGUACUAUAGAAUUCUUUUGUCAACAUGAUACGCAUACUUGUAGUAUUAUUCUAUACCUUUCUCUAUCAAGUGUAGAAGACUGAAACUUGAGAAUGCAACAAUUACAUAGGAAUUGUUUCUGCAUCGGAUUGAUAAUUUGA